UAUAUCUUUUCAUGUGACAACACUGAAGAAAUGACACUUUGCUACAAUGUAAAGUAGUGAGUGUACAGCUUGUAUAACAGUGUAAAUUUGCUGUCCCCUCAAAAUAACUCAACACACAGCAUUGAUGUCUAAACCGCUGGCAACAAAAGUGAGUACACCCCUAAGUGAAAAUGUCCAAAUUGGGCCCAAAGUGUCAAUAUUUUGUGUGGCCACCAUUAUUUUCCAGCACUGGCUUAACCCUCUUGGGCAUGGAGUUCACCAGAGCUUCACAGGUUGCCACUGGAGUCCUCUUCCACUCCUCCAUGACGACAUCACGGAGCUGGUAGAUGUUAGAGACCUUGUGCUCCUCCACCUUCUGUUUGAGGAUGCCCCACAGAUGCUCAAUAGGGUUUAGGUCUGGAGACAUGCUUGGCCAGUCCAUCACCUUCACCCUCAGCUUCUUUAGCAAGGCAGUGGUCGUCUUGGAGGUGUGUUUGGGGUCAUUAUCACGCUGGAAUACAUGCUGGGAUCAUGCUCUGCUUCAGUAUGUCACAGUACAUGUUUGCAUUCAUGGUUCCCUCAAUGAACUGUAGCUCCCCAGUGCCGGCAGCACUCAUGCAGCCCCAGACCAUGACACUCCCACCACCAUGCUUGACUGUAGGUAAGACACACUUGUCUUUAUACUCCUCACCUGGUUGCCACCACACACGCUUGACGCCAUCUGAACCAAAUAAGUUUAUCUUGGUCUCAUCAGACCACAGGACAUGGUUCCACUAAUCCAUGUCCUUAGUCUGCUUGUCUUCAGCAAACUGUUUGCGGGCUUUCUUGUGCAUCAUCUUUAGAAGAGGCUUCCUUCUGGGACGACAGCCAUGCAGACCAAUUUGAUGCAGUGUGCGGCGUAUGGUCUGAGCACUGACAGGCUGACCCCCCACCCAUUCAACCUCUGCAGCAAUGCUGGCAGCACUCAUACGUCUAUUUCCCAAAGACAACCUCUGGAUAUGACGCUGAGCACGUGCACUCAACUUCUUUGGUCGACCAUGGCGAGGCCUGUUCUGAGUGAAACCUGUCCUGUUAAACCACUGUAUGGUCUUGGCCACCGUGCUGCAGCUCAGUGUCAGGGUCUUGGCAAUCUUCUUAUAGCCUAGGCCAUCUUUAUGUAGAGCAACAAUUCUUUUUUUCAGAUCCUCAGAGAGUUCUUCGCCAUGAGGUGCCAUGUAGAACUUCCAGUGACCAGUAUGAGGGAGUCUGAGAGCGAUGACACCAAAUUUAACACACCUGCUCCCCAUUCACACCUGAGAUCUUGUAACACUAACAAGUCACAUGACACCGGGGAGGGAAAAUGGCUAAUUGGGCCCAAUUUGGACAUUUUCACUUAGGGGUUUACUCACUUUUGUUGCCAGCAGUUUAGACAUUAAUGGCUGUGUGUUGAGUUAUUUUGAGGGGACAGCAAAUUUACACUGUUAUACAAGCUGUACACUCACUACUUUACAUUGUAGCAAAGUGUCAUUUCUUCAGUGUUGUCACAUGAAAAGAUAUAAUCAAAUAUUUACGAAAAUGUGAGGGGUGUACUCACUUUUGUGGGAUACUGUAUCUAGAUAAAUGUGUGCAACGCCCUUCCACAAGUGCUCACUGGAGACACAAUCAAAACAACGGUGAUCAGUGAUUGUUCAUUGGAAAUACUGGGGAUCAGUAAUUGGUCAUUGAGUGCAAUGGUGAUCGUGAUUGGCCACUGGGAACAAUGCUGUAAAAUGUGCUGGUGAGCGACAUCGAGUGCAGCACAGUCACUAACGCCUGCUCAUUCAUCAGGAGUGAACACCAGCAGUGGCAGUUUCCCCAAAUCGCACUCUUCCCAUUACUCUGAACUCAGUUAUACACACACUCCUCUCUCAGUGGAGCACACAACAGACUCCGGCAUCGUCGCCACUCCACUGCCAUCCAGUCGAUUCCGGUUCACCUCAUGGUAUCAGCUCAAGGAAACCGAUGUUCGUGGAGACCAGCUGUCCUGUCCGCGAGUCAGAGAGGGCUUUUACUGCAGCUGUCUUCAGUUCCUGCUUGUUCUUGGGGCGUUUUGCCUUCAACAAGAGAAACGCAUGCUCAACUGGAUUCAGGUCAAAUGAUUGGUCAGGACCUGUAGAAGAUGACAGUGCUCCUAGCAACAGGCAGAUCUUUAGCAAGAAUAGCAGGAAGAGGAGAGAAGAUGAUGAGCAAACAUGGGAGGACAGGCUACAGGAGAAUUGGGAGAACUGUACGGAACUGAAUUUGUCCUACCAAGAUCUGGGAGAUGCGUUUCAGCUAGAAAAUUUCAGGCGAAUCCUGAGAAGGCUAAUCCGAGUGGAGCGCCUGCAGCUAGUGGACAAUGCACUGUGUGACCUCAGUUCCAUCCGCCUGCCAAGAUGUAAAAGCCUGAACCUGCACCAAAAUCACUUGAAGUCUCUCGCUCAGCUGCCAAAGAUCCCUGCAAUUGAACACCUGUGUGUGUCCGAGAACAACAUCAGGAGUCUGGCAGAGCUGAAGCUGCUGGAACACACACCGCUGCACACACUCACACUCAAACAUAACCCUUGUGAGUUCUUGGAGGACUACCGCUCACGUGUGUUCUCCUAUUUGCCAAAUCUCAAAGUCCUGGAUGGAAUCCCAAAGCUGCCAGAAGAUUCGGUGCCUCUCUGUUUCCAGGAAUCCUCUAGGCUUUGCAUCAUUCUGUGAUGUAGGACAGAUCUUAGACAGGACAUCUAGCCUAAUGGACUGGAAGCAGCAAAAGCCAUGAUCUCUUCUAACGUACUGAACCAGAAAUGAGAAUGUCCCGUUUCUGAAAUGCACUGUUUAUAUAUAAUAUGUCCGUUUAUAUUGCAAAUUAAAGCAGUCUAUUUUUGUUAUUGUCUG